AAGUGGGUCUGUCACAUAGAUUUAUAUAUAUAGGCUUUAUAUAAAUGUUAUAUGGUCAGUCACGCCGCGAGAUUUUCUCUGGAGAUCAGUAAAAGCGCAGGCCGGUUGUGCGGGGCUGGACCGGACGGGCGGAGGUGAAGACGCCGCUCUCAGGAUGAACGUCUCAUCUCUCCUUCAAGACCUUCAUCUCUCCUCAUCCUCCCCCUCCCCGCUCCCUCCAAUCACAGAGCUCCUGCCUCGGCUGCAGCAGCAGCUGAUUGGUGCUGCGGGUGACUCCUCCAAGACCCGCUCUCUGAUUGGCCGGCUGGAGCAGCUCUUCCAGACAGCCGAUCCCGACAGGCUGUUUUCUCCGGAGAGCGGGUGGGCGGAGCUCCGAUCCACGUACAGCUCUCUGAUCGGUGCUCUGGUGGACUCUGCAGCGCUGCCGCUCUGCCAGGACGACUCCGGCUCUCUGAGCGCGGCGUCCUAUCAGAGCGUUCCCAGCCGGGCCGUAGCCGUAAGCUCCGCCCUCACGGCGCUGCUGGAACAGUGGGCGGGUUUGGGCGUGGCCAGAGGAGGUGGAGACGGGCUCCUGCUGGCCCUGGCUCCGCCCAUCUGUGUGUUUGCAGUCACACAUUUCCAGGCUCAGCCGUGGAGCAGCUCGGCCUCCAGAGCGGCGGCACGGCGCCUGCAGGAGGCGCUGCUGAGGGCGGGCGGCUGGAGAGACUCCGCCGUCCUCCUGACGGGCGACGAUGAGGGCGAGGACAGAGGGAUUCUGGGAGGAGUGCUGGACAUCCUGCAGCCUCAGCUCACCAAGGAUUCGUGGCAGCGCUGUGCAGCAGUGAAGCUGGUGUUCUCCUGGACUCUCCUGCAGGUGACCCGGCCGUCUCUGUCCCCUCACCUCCCCCGACUCCUCCCGCCCUCCCUGCUCUUCAACGACCACUACAGGCCGGAGAACGUGGUGCUGGGAGUCUGCUGUCUGCACCACAUCGUCCUCAACACGCCCGCUGCAGACCUGCAUCAGUUCAACACAGCAGAGGUGGUGUACCAGGCUCUGUUCAAACACCUGAGCACGGGGGAGGCCGCCGUGGUCCAGCCCGUCCUGUCCUGUCUCCUGGACCUGCUCCUGGUGUUUGAGAAGCCCCCCUCCUCCCUCGGCCCCUCCUCCUGCCGCAGGAAGCCCAGUCGCCAUGACGACGUGUUGCGUCUGGUCCUCACCCGCAUGGAGGCGGAGCACAAGGUGGCGCUGCGUCGCGUCUACGCCGCAGCGCUGCCGCUCUACAUCCACAGGGUGGGCGUGUCCGUCUGCAGACACCUGCAGCGGGUGGAGCGGGUGGUGCUGGGAUACCUGGAGAUCAACGAUCCACCUGAGGAGACGAGCCGGCUGAAGAUCCUGGAGGCGCUGCAGGGGACGAUCCGAGCUGCCUGGCCACGGAUGGAGCGGCGUGUCCACGUGUUGCUGCGUUCUCUGCUGCGGUUGCUGGUGGACGUCUCUCAGGACUCACAGCUCCACGACUCGGUCCGGCAGCAGGUGAUGGAACAAACCACCGUCUGCAUCCGACUGCUGGACGCCUGCUCACACGGAACCCUGCAGCCUCUCCUCCAGCAGGUGGACAGCAGCUGCUGCAGCGCUGAAGUCCUGGGCUGCCUGGCAGCAGUCACCAUGACGACAGAGCCGUAACCCGGAGGCUCCAGCCUUUCUGACGCUCAGCGGGUCUCGGGUCGGCUCGGACCCGGACCCUCCCUGGACCCGGACCCUCCCUGGACCCCCUGGGAGCCCCAGCAGUCGGAGAACUGUCCGGGCUCAGCAGAGUCCGGGUCGGAGCAGGAGGUCCAGACAGCUGGGGGAGCAGCUUCCUGUGGCAGGAGAGGAACACGAGUUGAGACCAGAGCUGUCGGCUCAUCACCUGCUAAUGUUUCCCUGGAAAAGUUACGUGAAACAGAAAAACUUUGUUUGCUGUCAUGAAUAAAAUAUGUGUGAAUGACAUUCUAAAAUCCUUUAGU